CCGAAAAACUAAGGGAGGUGUUUGUAAUUUUUUCUCUUUAAAUGGAGCUAUAUUUAAAACGUUCCAUUGAUAGGAGCACUUGUGGGAAUUACAUGGGAGUACUUUUAUUGUUUACUCCCUCGAUCAUAUAAAAAUUACAUAUAAGUGGGACGUACUAGCCCGAGCUUUAUAGGAGUACUUUUACGAAUAUAAAUAUUAUACUCAACUUAGACCCGGCUAGCGGAGUACCGGAACAAAGGCUAUAUGCGUGAUUUAAAUAUCACAUCGGUUAUUCCCCCUUUUCAAGAGCGAGGGAGGUUGCGUCCAUGGCAGAAGAAUCCAAAGAAAACAAGCGACAUGGCGGAGAUGGAAGUGGGUCCAUUGAUCCAGGUUAAGGUCCUCUUCUUUGCGAGAGCUCGAGAACUUACUGGAUUGACUGAUAUAUCUCUUCUAAUGCCACCACGAAGCACAGCCCGAGACUGUAUGAGUAAGCUUUUAAAUAAGUUUCCGAAAUUAGAGGAAAUAUAUAACUCCAUGGUUGUGGCACUGAAUGAAGAGUAUGCUCCAGAAUCAACAGUUUUGAGAAACAGUGAUGAGUUAGCAAUUAUUCCACCAAUUAGCGGAGGCUAAAUAACAUCAUGGGAACAAAUGCUUGGUUUUUGUAUCAUUGUUGAAUCUUAUUGCAAAUGGUUGCCGUUAAAAGAUUAUGUUCUUUGAUCAUAUCUAUUAAUUCUGUUAUGUUCUCAUGGAGAAGGAUUGUCAGAAUUUACCUUCCAUCUUGUAAUGGAAAUUUGCUCAAAUACUGUUGUUUAUAGAAGGCAAAUAUAAUGUGGAGGAUUCUUUUUAUUUUUC